CACCACUCGGUCUCCUCCCAUCGUUGUCUCACCCGUCGUCUUCGUCUCCCUCGCUCGCCCGGCCUCUGAGCCUCGGCCUAAGAAGUCGUCGAUUCCACAGGGCCUCCGUCUUCCGCUUCCUUCGGUCCACGCUGCCUCUCAGCCGUUCUUAGCUUACGCGCCCGGCCAUGCAGACGCGAUUAUCAUUCCUGCUGGCUGUAAUAUCCCUCGGAGUACCUCAAGUCUACGCAUCUAAUUUCACGUUCUCUUAUGGCAACGCAUCGCAAUGCGAAGACUUCAACAUUACCUGGUCUGGAGGCACAGCACCCUACGAACUUACUAUUGUACCUUCGUUCAACACGCCCCUCACGUACUCGAUUCCGUCAUCGAGCUACAGCAAUAAUCAGGGAUCCUACUCAUUGCAGCUUACGGCAAAUGCGAGCGUCCAGUUUGUUGCUGUGAUGUCGGACGCCUCAGGCUUUGGGACAGGCGGGGUGUCGGACGUUAUCACAGUCGGUGCGGGCAGCUCAGGAUGUGAUAGGUCAUGGCAAGUUGUCGACUUCUAUUACGACACCGAUAUGGCUCUCAGUCAAUGCCGGACAUACUCAUUCACCAACUACACGGGAGCGGUGCAGCCUGUGUCCAUCACAGGUCUCGUUCCGGGAGGUACGACCUUCGUACUCAAUCCGCCCAAAGGCCCGACAGACUUCGAAUGGAUCGCCGACGUCGCCGCCGGCACAGGUCUCAUAUUCUUCAUGGCCGAUUCAAAAGGCCACUCUGGAGGAAGCACACAGCUGGAUACUGUCGGCUUGUCCGGUGAUCCAAGCUGUCUGACGGGCGCCUAUCCUUCUUCACUGUCUGUUCAUCCAUCCAGUACCGCUACAAGUGCUCCGGCGUCCGGGAACACGGGCACUUCGUCACCAACUGGUGCCAUCGUCGGUGCCGUUGUCGGUGGUCUUGUAGGCCUCGGUCUCAUUGCUGCGGCUGUCUUCAUCUAUCUACGAAGAGAACGUCAGAAGGGACGUUACGGUCAAGGCGGAACCUUCCCGUACCGAGGCACAAGACCCCAGAAAGAUGAAGUCGACCUUGCUGGAGACGACGUACCUCCUCCGGAUGUUGUCCAGCCAUAUCCCUACUUCCACCCCACCGGCAGCGUCCACUCGCAGGGACAGCAGUCGAUUCGCGGCGCAUCGAUUGGCGGCGCACAAUCCACAGUGAGUCUUAUGCGCCCGAUGAGCUACGCUGAGUCACAGGGCUAUGCACACCCCGACCAGUACGGCCAAGGCGUCGCUACACACUCGCGCAACACCUCCCUCAUGGACGGCGCCGGCAUCUCGCGCUCGCAGACCCAGUCCCAAAUACAGUCCCAAACACGGUCCAGAACUCAGUCACAAACUCUGUCCCAAGCCCCAUCUCAAGCCCAGUCUCAAGCCCAGUCUCAAACCUUCUCGUCUGCGUCGCGGCGAAAAGCAGCGAUGGCAGGCAUCGGCCCGUACCAGUCCGCGGCGCCGCGCUUCAUCUUACACACGGACGCGGAGGACGUGGUUGAGCUCCCCCGCAACUCGGACGACCGCAGAGCGUCGGGGUCCGGGACCGCCUCCACUACUUAUCCCCCACCGCCCAUCUCCAUCCCUCCUGGAGCUGCUAUGCCGGACUCUGCAAGACCGCCGUCAAGCAUCAUCGAGGAGGACCACCCCCACAUGGGCUUGCCGGAGCCCAUGGCGCCGUCCUCCACACGGUCGCCUGUCCCCGCACCGCCGUUCCCCGCACCGCCGUACGUCUCGAACCCGACAUAGCUUGCAUCCUAUCUAUCCACCCCGUCGGACUGUGUAUAUCUUACACGUACUCACCCAUGACCGUGCAUAUUUAAAACGGACACUGUCGCCGCGCUGUACCUGUCGCACACCCUCCCGCUCCCGUCUCCGUCUGGCGCUCUGGCGUGCUUCGUCUUCUGACUUCAUACCUCCCCAGAGUCGCGUCGCAUCCUCUACGUCGUUGGGCCCCUUCUUCUGUGUCCAUCUAUCAGCACGAUACAUUCCUUACUUCUGCUUGCCGUUCCUUCUGUCUGCUGUCAGCAUUCGGUAGAUUUUUUUUGUCUGUCUAGGGCAGUGGACCUUCCCGAAUCCCUCCCUGGUACCUGUCGUUGUUGCGCCUUGCGCGCACGCUCGAAUCUGUAGCGAAUGGAGUUCCUCGACUAUGAUGCAUUACAGGCUUA